UGGCCGGUCCUGGUAUUUCUGCCGCCACCACCGUGUCAGAAUACUGGGCCAGCUACUCAGCUCUUCUCUGCAGCAGGACCUUACCUGUUCCUCUGUCCAGCGCUGUACAGUCUUCCCACAUUUACAUCUUUAGUCGCUUCUCGCGCAUGCACAGUCCUCAGUCUCUUGGUCAUCCCCUGUACUAUGUCUGCAGUCUCUGGUCAUCUCCUGGACUGUCUGCAGUCUCUGGUCAUCCCCUGGAAUGUGUCUGCAGUCUCUGGUCAUUUGUACUGUGUCCACAGUCUCUGGUCAUCCCCUGUACUGUGUCCGCAGUCUCUGGUCAUCCCCUGUACUAUGUCCGCAGUCUCUUGUCAUCUCCUGUACUGUGUGUGCAGUCUCUGGUCAUUUCCUGUACUAUGUCUGCAGUCCAUUGGUUCAGAAUAUAUUUUUUUCUUUUUUUUCUCC